GGCGGUCAGGCGGUGCCGUUGCAGCUCUUUCUCUCUCUCUAUAUAUAUCCCGUUUCUGUAAGGCUCAUUGUCUAUUGUUUUCGUCGACGAAAUUUAGCCAAUAUUGUCUUGAUUUUGGUGAGGGUUUAUUGAGGCAUUCCGAGUAUGGGAAAUGGUGAUAAGUUCCGGCCAAGCAAGAAAGUCAAGUACUCCAAGGAUGAGUACCGAGCAUCCAGUGCUGCUGAGAGCGAUUCCCACUUCGGGGACGAUUUGGAUGACGAUCUACGAGAUGGUGAAGGGAAAAGGAGAGAUUUUUCUAAAUUGGAACUUAAACCCGAUCACGCGAAUCGUCCAUUGUGGGCUUGUGCUGAUGGUCGAAUUUUCCUUGAGACCUUCUCCACACUGUAUAAACAGGCGUAUGAUUUCCUGAUUGCAAUUGCAGAACCAGUUUGCAGGCCCGAAUCAAUGCACGAGUACAACUUGACCCCACAUUCUUUGUAUGCUGCGGUGUCUGUGGGACUUGAAACUGAGACCAUUAUUUCUGUCUUGAAUAAAUUAUCAAAGACAAAGCUUCCAAAGGAGAUGAUUGAUUUCAUUCAUAGUUCUACAGCAAAUUAUGGCAAAGUGAAACUAGUCCUGAAAAAGAAUAAAUAUUUUGUUGAGUCCCCAUUUCCAGAGGUAUUGAAAAGGUUGCUUAAUGAUGAGGUCAUUGGUCGAGCUAGGAUUGUCCCUGAGGGAGUUAAUGGGAGUGAUGGGUUUACAGUUGGCAAGUCUGCAGGUGAAAUAGAAGGGGCACAUGAUGAGCUGCUAAAUGAAGAAGAGUUGGCUGCUGCAGCUGAAGAAAAAGAAACCCAUUCCUUUGAAAUCGAUCCUGCUCAGGUUGAAAAUGUGAAGCAACGAUGUUUGCCUAAUGCUCUAAAUUAUCCCAUGCUGGAGGAGUACGACUUUAGAAAUGACACUGUUAAUCCUGAUCUAGAUGUAGAAUUGAAGCCUCAUGCACAACCACGCCCAUACCAAGAAAAGAGUCUAAGUAAAAUGUUUGGAAAUGGCAGAGCACGAUCAGGUAUCAUCGUGCUACCCUGCGGUGCAGGAAAGUCUUUAGUUGGUGUUUCUGCAGCCACCAGGAUAAGAAAGAGUUGUCUUUGUUUGGCUACAAAUGCUGUGUCUGUUGAUCAGUGGGCUUUCCAGUUCAAGUUGUGGUCAACCAUCAAAGAGGAGCAAAUCUGUCGUUUCACAUCUGACAGCAAAGAGAGAUUCAGAGGAAAUGCUGGGGUGGUGGUGACAACAUAUAAUAUGAUUGCAUUUGGUGGCAAACGUUCUGAAGAAGCUGAAAAGAUCAUUGAAGAAAUAAGAAACCGAGAGUGGGGAUUGCUUCUCAUGGAUGAGGUGCAUGUGGUUCCUGCUCACAUGUUCAGGAAGGUUAUCAGUCUUACAAAAUCUCAUUGCAAACUUGGGCUCACUGCAACACUUGUGAGAGAGGACGAAAGGAUUACAGAUUUGAACUUCCUAAUUGGUCCGAAGUUGUAUGAGGCAAAUUGGUUGGAUUUAGUAAAAGGAGGAUUCAUUGCAAAUGUUCAGUGUGCAGAAGUCUGGUGUCCAAUGACAAAGGAGUUCUUUGCUGAAUAUUUGAAGAAAGAAAAUUCAAAAAAGAAACAGGCUCUUUAUGUGAUGAAUCCCAAUAAAUUCAGGGCUUGUGAGUUCCUUAUCCGGUUCCAUGAACAGGAGCGUGGUGAUAAAAUAAUAGUAUUUGCCGAUAAUCUUUUUGCACUCACUGAGUAUGCCAUGAAGCUUCGAAAACCCAUGAUCUAUGGUGCCACAAGCCAUCCUGAAAGAACUAAAAUUCUUGAAGCAUUCAAAACCAGCCGAGAUGUCAACACUAUUUUCCUCUCAAAGGUGGGUGAUAAUUCUAUCGAUAUUCCUGAAGCAAAUGUGAUCAUUCAAAUUUCAUCACAUGCUGGGUCAAGGCGUCAAGAGGCACAACGACUUGGGCGUAUUCUCAGGGCUAAGGGAAAGCCACAGGACAGGGUGGCAGGAGGCAAGGAAGAGUACAAUGCAUUUUUCUACUCACUUGUAUCAACUGACACUCAGGAAAUGUAUUACUCAACCAAAAGGCAGCAGUUUUUGAUUGAUCAAGGUUACAGUUUUAAGGUGAUCACAAGCUUGCCUCCUGCUGAUACAGGACCUGAGUUGAGUUAUUACCGGCUUGAAGAUCAGCUUGCUCUUCUUGGAAAGGUGCUUAGUGCUGGUGAUGAUGCAGUCGGUCUGGAACAAUUAGAAGAAGAUGCUGAUGACAUCGCUUUGCAAAAAGCUCGUCGCACAAUUGGAUCUAUGAGUGCAAUGUCUGGGGCAAGUGGAAUGGUUUACAUGGAAUACGGUACUGGUCAGAAGAAGCCACAUGGGCAUAUGAAGAGCAAGCCUAAGGAUCCAACCAAGAGACACCACUUAUUCAGGAAACGGUUUGGCUAAUCAAACAGAUGUGAAUUGACAUCGUAAACUGUAACUAGUGGUAAAAUUUGCCUUGACACACUGAUGAAAAUAUGGAGUGUUCGGUCGAGGAAGCUUGUUUUGUGUACUGAAUGAGAGGGGAAUCCUAUAUAGCUUGUGUUAUUCCUAAUAUACUCUCUUCAGUUCAGCAAGUGUUACAUUGUAUACAGAAGAAAUACACACCGUAUUAGGUACUCGGAUUUUCUUCUCUACCUUCUCUUUAGAUGAACUCUGCCACUUCACAUAUGAAUAUGUUCCUUGUUUCUUGUAUUCGACUUACUCUUUUAUUACUAUUGUCAAAUUAUUCUGCUCUGUGGUAUUCCA